UCCACGGGAGCGAGCACGGCUGUAGAUUACACACCGGCCGGGGAAGAGCAGGACAGACGGGAGCGGCGCUCUCUGACAAACCUGACGAGUAGGGAAAUAGUUUCACACGGCGGCCGGUCGGCAGGAAAGUUUACGGGGAGUUUAACUUCACCCGGGCGAACCGCGGCGUGCCUGUUUGUCCCCCGGGGAGCAAGCGGAGGAGGUAGGUGAAGGUCUAUUCAUGAAGUCAUGGUACUAAAUAUUUUCCUUUUGGGGUGAACAAUCUGGUGGACAGUAAGAGGCAUCAUGGCUGAUCUGCCUAUUGCCCCAGGCCAGAUCUACAUUGAGGUUGAGUACGACUAUGAGUACAAGUCUAAAGACCGCCUUAUUAAGAUCCACCAAGGGGAAUGCUAUAUGCUAGUCAAGAAAACCAAUGAGGACUGGUGGCAGGUAAAGAAAGAGGAGGGGUCUAAAGCUUUUUAUGUACCCGCUCAGUAUGUCCGAGAAGUCCGCAAAGCCCUCAUGCCACCUCCUAAACCGAUCCCACAUCCUCCUACUGCUACCAGUAAUGCAUCUUCACAAAGUGCAGGUGCACGCUGGGUAAAACCAACCUAUCUGGAUCUGGGACUCAACAAUUAUCCUGCUGAGAACCUUAACAGAAACGAGUCCAACUAUCAGCGCUCUCCUUCUGCACAAACUGGCAACUCAGCUCACUUCACUCCCCCCAGUCAGCGUAGGGACAAUGACUACCAUCAUGCCCCCACCACUCCCACUGACCAUGACAAAGCUCUGCCUGAAAUUCUUCUCCAUGGAGCUCCCCCACCCCCUUACAAAGGGGGAUCAAGUACCUUGCCUCGUACUCAAGCCAGAUCUCCAGAACUUGUUAGGGUGCCGCUGGAUGUGGACUGCACCCAGCACUGUGACUCUGCAGGGGAAGACAGACGUACCAAUGACUCUGAGUCUGGGGAUGAACUGAGCAGCUCUUCUACUGAACAUCUCCAGACACUGUCUUCCUCCGGCCAGGGCCGCCCUGAGUCACCCGUCUACAGCAACCUCCAGGAACUGAAGAUCUCCCAGUCUAACCAGCCACCUCUGCCCUCCGGCUCCCCCCUCCACGUGAUUGGAGACUGGGAGACUUACAAGGACCAGAACGGCAGGCACUUCUACUACAACCGCUCCACCCACGAAAGGACCUGGAAGCCACCUCGAACCAGGGACACUAGCACCAGGAACUUCCAAGGAGAGAGCCACAGCACUGGAGAAAGCUCAGAGACCACCCCUCUUUCGCUCUCGCCGUCUUUCCUUCCCUUCCUCUCGCUUUCUAUUGGUCGACUGCAGCCUCUGUCAUCGGAGGACACCUGCUUCAGUACCUACUCUAGCCAGUCAGACAGUCAGUAUGGCUCGCCGCCACGUGGUUGGUCGGAGGAGAUGGAUGAGUACGGCCACACACUUUACGUCAGCGACUAUACUAAUGAGAAGUGGUUAAAGCACGUUGAUGACCAGGGAAGACCUUAUUACUACAGUGCAGACGGCUCCAGGUCAGAAUGGGAGCUGCCAAAGUACAACCAUUCCCCUCCCCAACCCUCUGGAGAUGCUUCAAAGACCCGCAGUCUAGACAGGAAAAACGUGGAUCCCAUCGUCCUGACCAAGUGGAGACACAGCGCCUACGUCCAGGAUCCCACCGAUAAGCGGCUGUUAAAAACCAGACGUUUCCGAUCAGGCUCCGCCCGUCUACAUCCGUACAAAAACCAAGAUGCUCCUUUGGGUCUCAAGCCCCCCUCUCCUGACACUGACUCCUGCCCUUCGUCUCCCAAGCCCCCUGCCUCUCCAUCUGAAAAGUGUGGAGUUCUGAAUGUGACAAAGAUCACUGAGAAUGGCAAGAAAGUACGGAAGAACUGGACUUCUUCCUGGACCGUCCUCCAAGGUUCAACACUCCUGUUUGCCAAAGGGCAGGGAGGUGGAACCAGCUGGUCAUACUAUCAGAGUGGCCACUUCCCUGAAUUGCUCCUGUCACUGUUGAGUAACUGGAGGCCGUCAGCUAAGAAACAACCUGAUGUCUCCUUUGGCUGCUCAAGGCACACCCGAGCCUCCUCUUUUGGAGGCGGUCAAUCCAAACCAGAGUUCACGGUGGAUCUGAAGGGCGGCUCUGUGGAAUGGGCUUCCAAAGACAAGUCCAGCAAGAAGCACGUUUUAGAGCUGAAGACUCGUCAGGGCACCGAGCUGCUGAUCCAGUCCGAAAACGACAGCGUCAUCAACGAAUGGUUCAAGGCGCUGCAGGAAACCAUCAGCAACCAUGCCAGUGAGUCUGACGACCCCAUAGAAGCGGACUUGCCCGAGUCGCCUGGUGUGGAGAAACGUGACAAAGAGAAAGAACACAGAGACUCCAAGAAAGUCAGAGCUAUGAAGUCCUCGACCAGCAUGGACUCCUCUGACCACAAGAAGACCAGGCACAAACUGAAGAAGCUCCUCACCGGCCGUCCAACCCUUCAGACCGUCAAGGACAAGGGAUACAUUAAAGAUCAGGUGUUUGGCUGUAGUCUUUCUAAUCUGUGUCAAAGAGAGAACACCACGGUGCCCAAGUUUGUCAAAAUGUGUGUCGACCACGUGGAGAACAACGGUCUGUUGAUAGAUGGGCUGUACAGAGUUAGCGGGAACCUGGCUGUUAUACAGAAACUACGCUUUGCUGUCAAUCACGACGAGAAGGUGAAUCUGUCAGAUGGGAAGUGGGAGGACAUCCACGUGACCACGGGAGCUCUGAAGAUGUUCUUCAGAGAGCUGCCUGAGCCCCUCUUCACCUACACGCACUUCCAUGACUUUGUCAGCGCCAUCAAAAUAACCGACUACAAGCAGCGAGUUCAGUCGAUCAAAGAGCUGGUCAGACAGCUGCCCAAACCCAACCACGACACCAUGCAGGCUCUCUUCAAACACCUCAGGAAAGUGAUUGACCAUGGCGAGGAGAACCGUAUGACGACCCAGAGCGUAGCCAUCGUGUUCGGCCCCACGCUGCUGCGGCCUGAAACAGAAACCUGGAACAUGGCGGUCCACAUGAUCUAUCAGAACCAGAUUGUGGAGCUUAUACUGCUAGAGUAUGAGAACAUCUUUGGCAGGUAGAUGCCACAGGAUGAGCUCCUCCUUUUUUUUUUUUUUUUUUUCUUCUCUCUCCCAGCUCUUCCUAACCCAGCGUGCCGGGCUCAGGUUGACCCGGCCCACCCUAGCCCAUCCUCGCUCUGGGCAGCUUAUCUUCAUCUCAAACCAUGAACCAAAACGUAGAUUACUAGCGACCAAAAACUUUGGACUCUUUGCACUUUUCAGAGUCUCAUUUUCUCCUGCAGCUGUAUUUGUGCCACUUUACUGCAAAGGCGACGUCCUUCUGUCCUAACACUGGGUUCCUAAAACUAAUAUUAAAUGGGCCAAGAAGGCCUGAACUACUGCACAGACUGAGACCAAAGGAGCGGCAGAGGAGCGUAGGUUCAGUAGGCUGUACUACAGACGAGGCAGCGGUUGUGGAGGUUCACGAUGCUGAAUGCAGGCUCUAUGUACCGUGCUGUAAAUCUCAUUAUCUGUAUAGUCAUUCCUGUAUGUACCAAACCAAACUGCUGGACUCUCUUUACCUUCAGCUUGGCUGUAGACAUGAGACAUGUUGAAGCUGGAACAAGAAGAAGAGGGAAGAAUGGUUUUUUGGCCCUUCGUUUAAAUGGAUCGUUCGCCCUUCUCUUUGAAUCUGCUUCUUUCUUUUCUUGCUGAAGAACAGGACCAAGGUCUUCUGAACACGUUAGAGGUUAUCACCUCUCUGUAUUGCAUCUGCACGCCACCUUCUUACUUUGAGAACAAAUCAGUUAGCAGUGGUCAGAACAUCAACUUAGUGGGAAAACAGUACCGAGCUGUUUCUUUAAUGACUAACAGAUAUCAAAUAUUAAGGCAAACGGCCUUUGAAUAUCUCCACUGAUAAAUCUGUACAGUGUUUAUGUGUGCAUGUGAAUAGGGAGGUGGAUGGAUUCAUGAAUGAAUGAAUUUAAUAACAAUAUAUUGUAUAAAUAGUAAAUAUACGUAUGCCUGGAGUGUUAAAAAAUAUGACGUGAGGGAGAAAUCACUAUUUUGUGAUCAUUGUGUGACUUGAGGAAUAAAAUAAUGAACUGGGGACGUGAAGGUUUACCUUUGAGUCAAUACUGUUGGCUUUCUCAAACUGGAUUAAAGACCUCAGAUAAGAGAUAA